AUGAAACUGACGGACCAAUAUCUGCCUCAACAUCCUCCGUCUGUGAUUGAUUUAACCAAAACACGAGAACCUAUAUUACACACCCAGGGUUGUGAGGAUGGUGGAUGGGCCUCUUCACCAGCACGUCCGUCUGGGGGAGCAACGAAGACAUCCCCAUCCUCUGGUGCACCAAAGCCAGUUCUCUCUGAGAAGUCCCCUGGAGUAACUUCUCCGUCUCAAGAUGCCACAGUGGAUUUUCAGGUUGGGGAGAGAGUGUGGGUCAAUGGUAACAAACCAGGUGUUGUAAGAUUUAUUGGAGGGGCACAGUUUGCCCCUGGUCAGUGGGCUGGUAUUGAGUUGGAUGAACCAAUUGGGAAGAACAACGGUUCUGUGGCAGAGGUUGUGUAUUUUAAAUGUGAGGAUGGACGGGGGAUAUUUACUCGUCCGUCAAAGUUAUCGAGGACUGCGGUCUCAGAGAAGGUGACCAAUGGAGGUGAGGCCAGCCCCGCCGCUGGCUCUGCACAAAAUGAACCUGCUCCGUCUGGUGCUACCUCUACCGCACAGGGAUCUGGCAUCAGGACAAGCAGCGCACUGGCUCGGAAGCUUGUUUCCAGUGAGUCUGUGUCCAACAUUUCAGAUUCAGAUUCCAUAAAGAAGAACAAAAGAGAGUUGAGACUCGGAUACCGUGUUCUGGUCGGUGGAUCAAAGGCUGGUGUAGUGAGGUUUCUUGGUGAAACAGACUUUGCCAAAGGAGACUGGUGUGGAGUGGAACUUGAUGAACCUCUUGGCAAAAAUGACGGAGCUGUGGCAGGGGCCAGGUAUUUCCAGUGCAUGCCGAGGUAUGGCCUGUUUGCUCCAGUCCACAAAGUAACACGUAUUGGAUUUCCCUGUACAACACCCACAAAGACAAAGAACUCACGGCGCAGGUCGGGUCUCAUGAGGAGCCCCAGUGCCUCCUCCAUCAGUUCACUCAGUUCUGCCACUUCUUCAAUCAGUGGAAAGCCGAGCAGAGCAGGGUUGUUGACAGAGACAUCAGCACGAUAUGCACGCAAAAUAUCUGGCACCACAGCAUUGCAGGAAGCUCUCAAAGAGAAACAACAGCACAUCGAGCAGCUUUUAGUUGAGCGAGAUCUGGAAAGAUGUGAAAUUGCAAAAGCCACAAGCCAGGCUGGAGAGGUGCAGCAGGAACUGGUUCUGCUGAGGAAAUGUCGAGACCAGUAUGCUGUAGAUAUGGAGGCAAAAUUAGAUCAGCUGCGUUCACUUGUGGAAGCAGCAGAUCGAGAGAAAGUGGAGCUGUCAAAUCAACUUGAAGAAGAGAAAAGGAAAGUUGAAGAUUUGCAGUUUCGUGUGGAGGAGGAAUGUAUUACCAAAGGGGACCUGGAGACGCAGACGAGGCUGGAGCAUGCCCACAUAAAGGAGCUAGAACAGAGCCUGCUUUUUGAAAAGACCAAAGCAGAAAAACUCCAGAGGGAUUUAGAGGACGCUAGGGUGGCCACGGUGUCUGAGCGGUCGCGCAUCAUGGAGCUGGAGCGAGAAAUGGCCGAUCUCCAGCUCCGGCUCAGAGCGGUUCAACAACAGGAAGACGCUGUGUCCCUCUCUCAGCAACAGAUCAGCAGCCUCAAAACACAGGCGCAGUCCCAGGAGAAAAAGAUCAGUGAGCUGAGUGUAGAUCUGGAGAGCAAACAGAAGGAGCUUCAAUCCGCCCUGGAAUAUAGGACAUCACUCGAGCAGCAACUGACCGCAGCGAGAAAAGAGGCUGAACUGCAAGCAGAAGAACAUAGGAAAACAAUGCAAGAACUAGAGCACAACGUUAAUCAAACAAAUAAAGCACAUCAAUCCCUGAAAGAGGAGAGUCGCCAAAGAGAGAAAGCACAAGAGGCCCAGCUGACUCAGGAAAAUGAGGAAAGAGAAAAAAAUGUCCUUUCUGUAAAGGAGCUCACCACUGAGAAUAAGGAGCUGCAAACUCAGGGUUACACCUCCACUUAUUCGCCUCAUUACCAGCUUGAGGCUUUGAAGCAGCAAAAUGUUAAAUACAAGGAGGAAUUUUCUCUGUCAAGGGAGCGGAGCAACUCUGAAACUAACCCCGUCGCAUCUCGCAAGGAAAUUGAAGAGCUGAGUGUGGAUUCCCAAAGUCAGCGUCAUGGAGGGCCGAGCAGAGAAACAAAUAAAGACUCUGAACUGGAAUCCUUGAAAAAUGAGGUUGCCGUGCUGCGGGGUCAGAGCGCGGGGGCAAAGACGCUGCACUUGGCGGUGGAGACAUUAGAGAAGGAAAAGGCCGAGCUCCAGAGCAGAGUCCAGAGUUUAGAGGAGAGGCUCAUGGGAAAACCGGCCCCAGGGGGAGAGGCUCAGGAUGUCCAUGCAGGCGAUACAGCUUUUCAGCAGCUGAGAGAGGAGAAGGAGUUUGCUGAGGGACAGAUCAACUUCCUAAACAGCGUCAUCGUUGACCUUCAGAGGAAAAACGAGGAGCUGAAGAUCAAGCUGAAGAAGCUGGCUUUAUCAGAAUUCAACGGAAACGACAUGACGGAGGGACUGAGUGGUGUGUCCAAGCGUGAGAAGAAGUCGACCCCGCGUCUGUUCUGUGAUAUCUGCGACUGCUUCGACCUCCACGACACUGAGGACUGUCCCACUCAGGCCCAGAGCCCGGACUCUGUGCCUCACACCACGUACCACGGGAACCCGGCGGCGGAGAGGCCCUACUGCGACAUCUGUGAGGCUUUUGGACACGCCACCGAGUCCUGCAACGACGACCAAACGUUCUGA